AUGUGGCUGCUCGGUGUCGGCCGUUUCCAGCCUCAGCUGAGCUUCAUGUACCUGCCGCCACCACAGGAGGACCUGGAACUCAGAGAGGCGUUUAAGAGGCACGAAGUUAUUCCGGAUGUCAUUGACGAGGCGCCCAGGAGCAGACUCACGGUGGAAUAUUGUACGGGAGUCUCGGCUCAGCUGGGAAAUCAGGUGACCCCGGCAGAAAUCAGGUGUCAGCCUCACGUGACCUGGCCGGCCGAGCCGGGAAGUCUCUAUACGCUGGCCAUGACGGACCCGGAUGUGCCGAAUAGAAAUAACCGUACUGAGGGUGAGGUACGCCAUUGGCUGGUGGUAAACAUUCCGACCAAUCAGCUGAAGGCAGGUGACGUCAUCAGCGACUACAUCGGCUCCGGAGCGCCCGAGGGUUCCGGUGUGCACCGCUACAUCUUCCUGCUAUACCGCCAGCCUGGCCUUAUUUCGGCCGACCCAGAGCUCCGCCAGACCUUUCGCCAGGCCCGCGGACGCUUUGGGUGGAAGGUCAGCCAGUUUGCACGUGAAAAUGGUCUCGGUAGACCGGUGGCCGGUAAUUUCUUCAGGGCCGAGUACGACGAUUAUGUGCCUGUGCUCUAUGCUCAGCUCAAUGAUUUUCCCUGAUGUUUUAUGACACUUUUGCACAUGUUUUUUUUUAUGCUAGAGAGUGUUGAUCGCCAGCGACACUCGGGUCACUGUAUCAAUGUGAGUUUAUGUUCUUGUUCUUGUAAGUCCACCUUUCUUUACACAUCCCUCAAGCUGCAUGUAGUUUCGCAGCAUACACCCACCUACUUUUGAUGGUAUCGUGUUCGUGUUUUUCAUACUAUCUUCUCGUACCAACUCACUUCUCUUUGUACCUGGGUGAUGGAAGAGAAUCAUUUUUAGAUCAGUGUUUCUACUUAUUUUUAAUUUGAUUCCAAGCGAUCAUCACAAAAGGUGAAAAUAAUACAAGUUAAACAAAAGCGACGAGGGGGUGAAAUAUACUGGCACUAUAGGAGAAACUAUAAAACUGUACGCUUUUUGCAUUAUUGUCAAUUGCGUUUUCAUUGAUUGCGUAGCAAAACAUAAGUGUUUUUU